AUGCAGAGUGGCGGGCCUUUCUUCCAAGUGGAGCUGGGUAGGCUGGACGGCCUGAACUCCACGGCCGGCAGCGUGCCAGGCCAGCUGCCCGAGCCCAACCAGACCAUGGACCAGCUGCUGGCGGUCUUCAAGGCACACGGGCUCAACAUGUCCGACCUCGUCGCGCUCUCAGCGGCGCGGCGUGGGUCUGGCGCACUGCAGCAAGUUCGCGAACCGGCUGUACAGCUUCCAGCCGGGGCAGCCGACGGACCGACGCUGAACCCCAAGUACGCGCGGUUCCUGGAGCAAUCCUCGCCGGCGCAGUUCGACAACCAGUACUACCGGAACCUCCAGGACGGCGGCGGGCUGCUGGGCUCCGACGAGCUGCUCUACACCGACAACCGGACGCGCGCCAUGGUGGACUCGCUGGCCAACAGCACCGACGCCUUCUACAAGGCCUUCGCCGACGCCAUCGUCAGGCUCAGCCGCGUCGGGGUCAAGUCCGGCAGGCGGGGCAACAUCCGCAAGCAGUGCGACGUCUUCAACUGA